AUGCGUUUCACUAUCGCUACUGUUGUUCUCUCUUUGGCCGCCAUGGUCGUUGCUAUUCCCACUACGGAAUCAACAAUCUUUGCUCGUGGUGGAGGUCAAACCUGUGCUCAAGGUCAAACUCUCUCAUGUUGUCAAUCUGUUACUAGUGGAGGUGAUGGCAUUCUAGGCAAUCUAUUGGGAUUGAACUGCGCUGAAAUCCCAAUCCCGAUCCUUGGUGUCGUGCUUGGAGGCAAAUGUAACUCCGCACCAGUCUGCUGUAAUUUGAACGGCGGCAACACCAGCGGUGGAAUCAAUGUUCUCACCAACAGUUGCGUUGCCAUUCCAAUCGUUCUUUAAAUGGUCAAAAGCCUCGAAUCCUCCACGAAAAGGAGCAUUACUGAUCAAUCGAUCAUCACCCGUUUCCUUAUCUCCCAUCUACCCGUCAUCUCAGCAACAAGAAAUAUAUCUUUUGACUUCUUCGACCUAAAUCAGCAAUAUACACUUCGAAGCGUUAAGCAUGGAAUCCAACCCGGUGGCCGUCUUCACGUAUAUGUUUGUUCUCUUUCGGCACUAGGACUCAGUAUUGACUUUGCGAGUGUGUGAUUCUCUCUUCCUUUUCAGAUGAUGUCUCAAUUCAACAUGGGACACUUCUCUUUAUUCUCUCCUCGUGCAUGGAAUCUCGUUUAUACAUGGAUAUUGAUAUGGUUGUUCAAAUGGUUCGGUUUGGAAGAGUUACAUAUUGCCAGGCAGUUACUUUUUACUUCUAACCUGAGAGAU